AUGGAAACAAACAUGGCGACUCGUUGGGCAAAGUAAUUGAGUGACAAUAGCUGUUUUUAACCUGUGUAUUGUCUUCAUUAUUGAAUGGAUUUCUGUAAAAGCAAAGAACUUUUAAAAUGUCUAAAUCACAGUGUUUCUUAAAUGAGCGAGAAGGGAAAACGCACUUUUACCGCGCAGGUUUUUGGCGAAAGUUUGGAAUCACUAAGCAAUGAGCCAGAUGAGAUUGUGGACAAAAAUUCAGCUCGUAGCAUGCCUAUGGUGCUAGGCGCUAAAAUGCUGGAAAAAUCGACAGUGAAUACGGAGAAGAACAAUGCAGAAUCCUUGGAAAAGACGACGUAUUUUACACCUCACCCGCCGCCAGGAAAGGCCGGGAAUUCAGAUGAUAGCCAAAAAAAGGUUAAGAACAAGAGGCGAUUUGCGAGACGAUCGAAUCGAGUGGUCGGUGUGAACCAGAGUAAUUCUCAAAGCUCAGACGAUGAAAAGUUUAUUCCAGAGGGUAUAUUAAACAACAGAACUACUGGAUCAAAGCUACCAUCUUUAUCCAGAGAUUUACACCAUGAAAAUAAUACAAAUAUAGGCGUAGAUAAAAACCUUAAACAUUUAAAUCCACCAAUUUUAAAUAAAAAGCCACUCUCUCCUAUUAAAGACAACCAAAAACUAGCAGACAACUUUAAAGCAAAACAGUCAUUGGAAAGAAAUAAGUAUGAAUCUAGGGGCAAAGGAUUGAAAGGACCAUUAAAGCCAUUGGAUCUUUCUGAGCCAGUUUCUACCUUGCAAUCAAAUAAAUCAGCUGCUGCAGUCAAUGCAACGAACAUAGAUCCACAUGAAGAAACACAUGAAAAUGAUAUUGAUGUUAAUAAUGGUAAUGAUAGAUCAGAGGAUACAUUAACAAGUGUCAGUAGUGAUGACUCCAGUGAUAGUGAUCAUGAAUCCAGUUCAACAAGCAAUUCAAAUUUGAAUCCUAAAGCACCUAGCAACCCUCCGCCAUCUUACCGUGGUCGUCGUAGAACUUUUUCUCUAAAUUCUGUCAAAGACACCCUGGCAGACACUCAAGCUGGCAGACACUCUGAUACUGAAGCCAUUAGACGUGAACGAUUAGGAAAUGAAGCUGCAUUGCUUCCUCGAGUUACUGUUGCAAUGGCCAGGGAUCGAAACUCAAACUUUGUUAAGGAAGAAUUAAAUAAGUAUUUGCCUGAAAGAAAAUUGAUAGUUUUUAUUGGAACCUGGAACAUGCAUGGGGAGAAGCAAGUUCCAGUGUUUGUUGAUGACUUUUUACUCCCAGAAUGUUCACAGUUCACACAAGAUCUAUAUGUUAUAGGAUCACAGGAGAGCACACCAUUGAGGAAAGAAUGGGAGAUAAAAUUACAAGAAACUCUUGGACCAACACAUGUCCUCAUUUAUUCCAGUACAUUUGGUGUACUUCAUUUAGCCCUGUACUUACGUAGAGAACUAGUUUGGUUUUGCUCAGCUGUGGAACAAGCAACAGUUGCAACAAGACCUGGUCACAUGAUUAAAACAAAGGGAGCAAUUGGCCUUUCAUUGUCAAUUUUUGGAACUUCCUUUCUCUUCAUCAACUCUCAUUUUACUGCGCAUGAACAAAAAUGGAAGGAGCGUAUUAGUGAUUAUCGUAUGAUACGAAAAACCUUAUCACUUCCUUUAAACUACCCAGAACCUUCAAAUCAAGCAACUGAUGUAACAGCGAGGUUUGAUCAGGUAUUCUGGCUUGGUGAUUUUAACUUCAGAGUAGAGGAGCGACAUGGUGUUGUUGAGAAAUUCCUCGAACAAUGUGUGGACGAUGAAGACCCAAAUUAUCAGGAAUUAAUUGAAAAAGAUCAAAUGACAAGGCUUAUGAAAAAAGAUAAAGGUGUUUUCGAGCAUUUCAAAGAAGCAAAUAUCAAUUUUCCGCCAACAUAUAAAUUUGAUAUUAACCCUGAUGAUCCGGGACAUUACACAAAUAGUCGGGUACCCUCAUGGACGGAUCGUAUUGUGUAUCGAAGUUCUGAAGAGAACGGAAUUCGACCUCUGUACUAUAACUGCUGUACGUCGAUAAAUAUCUCGGAUCAUAGGCCAGUUUAUGGUAUUUUUGAAGCAAGUAUAAAACCAGUUAAAGAAAAAAUUUCUUUUACUGGAGUUCAUUUUGUUAGGGAUGUUUAUAUUGAAGCAAAUCGGCGCAGGGCGGCACCACCACGAAACCAACGUCAAACUGCAGUUUGCGUCAUACUCUGAUCCGACUAAACAUUUACCAUGUUUGUCAAUGAUUUUGUCAUGGAAAACUGCUGGUUCAUAACACUGCUGCAUAUGUAACUCGUAUUUAUGUGUCUCCCAUGCUAAUUGGUCUGUAUCACAAAAAUAUGCAUUCAAUUCAGAAAAUAGGUUGUAGGUGUAAGAAAUGGUAAACUGAAAAACUUACAACCAAAAUUGAAUUAAUGAAUGUCCCUUAUCACCAAUCAACCAACAGCUUUUAAGGGAUAUACUAAUUAUUCUAUAUACGUUAUACAUAAUUGCAUACAUCUAAAACAUUAUUUAAAAAUAUUUAUUGUAAUUUAUAAUAUAUUCAGAUGAUCAAAUUAACUGUGAAUUUAUUAUUCUCAUCAGUCGUGUAAAUCACUUCUUGCUACCCAUGAUUUACCAGGUAAAAUUAUAUAAUACAGGAAAAUGUAUUGCUUCAGCACUGUAUUUUACUUUUAUUAAUGCAAUAUUUACUGUACAAAGUAUAAAACUGCUAUAUACAAAGUGUAAUGUAAAAUAUCAAUUGAUGUAUUGUACAAAGAAUCACUAUAUAAAUACUUCCAUAGUUGACUGUAUGUAUGUUCUGCAUAAUGGACAUUGUGCUAAUUGAAUAUGGCCUUCUAUUAUCUGUUGUAAACAUUGUCGACACAGGCAAACAUGUCGACACGGCAUUAGUAA